GCACGCGGCGUUCAGCCUCCUCCCAUCGCUCCCUCCUCCUCCUCUCGCUCCCUCCUCCUCUCUCUCGCUCCCAGGUGUAGCCGACGCCUCCAGGUGUAGCGGACGCCUCCACGCAGAGCCACGCUCGUGCAACUGCGUCUGUGUCAAGUUCCAAAGUCAGUCACUUUCAGCCGCGUCCCUGCAUCCUCGUCCACUGAGAGGUUUAGUGCCACCAUGCCGGAUAAGGAACGGGUCCUUCCCAUGGUGCUUUGGGGUUUGCACGCCCCGAAUCACUGCGUGUCCAGCCUGCUGCUCACAGAAGACCAGCACACAAUUGUGACCGGAUGCCAAGAUGGGCAGCUCUGCCUAUGGAACCUAGACGAAGAUCUCAAGAUCACACCGCGUGCUCUACUUUUUGGGCACUUGGAAGGAGUCACUUGCCUGGGUCGGGCCAACCCGCUCCGCGACCACCCCUACGUCGUCAGCUGCGACGAGAACGGGCAAAUGUGUCUGUGGGAUGUAAGCGAUGGGCGCUGUGUGGAGUUCAGGCAGCAUCCGUACGUACAUACAGAAAUGCAUUACUACAAGUGCCCGUACGGGUCGGCGGACGAGGGCUGGCUGCUCUGCUCCGGCUGCUACAGCGACGUCCUCAUCCUGGACGCGCUCACCCUCAAGGUCCUGGGAUCGCUGGCGUCCAAGGACGCACCCAAUUGGAUGGCCACCAUAAGUGUCCUUAGGUGCACAAGAACGCUCGAGGACAUUGUGGUCGGGGUGUCAGUGGCUGGCUUGCUGAAGGUUUGGAAUCUAAGCAAUGUUCUCAACAACAUUCAGGACUCGGAGCCAGUGUUUGAGAAGGAGUCGAUGGCGGUGGAUGGUCUGGAUGCUCAGGCCGUCGCGUUCUGCACCUACACCCAGAGCACCUUGCUGCUCGUCUGCUCACACAUCUGGAAGGUUCUCAGCCUAGAGAACUUCUGUGCACGGUGCUGCAUGGCAAGGACAGCCGAUGGGCCCUGGACCGGGGGUGAUUUCCUGGCUGCAAACAAGGUGCUCGUGUGGACGUCGCGAGGCCAAGGUUACAUCUACAAGCUUCCGGACAGUCCAAAGCAGAUGACAGACUGCAGCUCCUUGAACCACGAGGCCCCACUACUGCUCUACAUACUUGAAGACACACUCCCGGAGCCGCGCGCGUCCCUGCAGGUGCUGCGCUACGCGGAGGGGCGCACGGAGCCCUUCCACAAGCUGCUGCUGCGCGCGGACUCGGCGGGGCGCGUGGGCACCUGGCUCAUCCCGGACGUGCUCGUGCCCAAGCACGACGGCUCCGUGCAGAAGCUGCCGGUGACUUCCUCCGGCAGCCUGCGCCAAGCAUUCGAGGGGACCGCCUCCGACGCCGCGGCGGCGGAGGCAGCCUGGUCUGCACCAGGGGCGGAACACGCGGAGCGCACCGCCCUGGUGUACGCGGUGCCGCACGGCCUGCUGGCGUGCGGCUACUCCGACGGGCACAUCCUCGUUUAUCCCGCUGCUGCCAUGGCCCUCACGCAUUUCCUAGAGGGUGCCCGAGAUAUUGGACCAGGCCACUACGCCCUGCAGGGCCACGGCGGCGCGGUGAGCUGCCUGCUGUACCCGCACGAGGCGGCACGGCGCUACGACUCGCGCUGGCUCAUCUCGGGCGCAGCCGACUUCUCGGUGCGCCUGUGGGACGUGCUCAGCCAGGAGCUGCUGUGCGCCUUCCAUCCACACGCGGGCUCCGUCACGCAGCUGCUGCUGCCGCCCGAUAACUGCCAUGAGACGGUGCUGCGGUGCGUUUGCUCCGUGGCGUCGGACCACUCCGUGGCCCUGCUGAGCCUGACGGAGCGGCGGUCCCUCCUCCUGGCGUCGCGUCACGCCUUCCCGGUGCAGGCCGUGCGCUGGAGGGCCGCCGACGACCUGCUGCUCGUGUGCUGCUCCGACGGUUCACUCUACGUCUGGCAGAUGGACAGCGGCAUGCUGGAUCGCUGUGUCGUCGGACUGGCGGCCGAGGAGAUCCUGAGCCUGUGCGACGACCGCGACCCAGCGGGGGGCUACGUGGCGCUGGAGCCCGGGGGGCCGUGGGGGGGCCUCCACAAGCACCCGCGGCUGCGCUCCUUCAAGACGCUGCUGGCCCACCGUCACGCCGUGCAGCCACCGAGCCUUGAAGUGGCUGACAAGGACCUGCUUUCCACACCUGCCAAACUCCUGCAGGCGUUCACCUUCCAAGCCGUAACGCCGAGCGCGUGUGAUCUGGCCAUCCACCUCAUUUUCUUCGACAUGCAGGCGCUCGUGAGCCUUUUGGCCAUCGAAGAGGCCUUGCCAGGCAAGCCUAGCUUGCCUGUAAAAUUUGAGGCCAGCGCGAAGCCACGCAAGCAUAGCCGGCUGCUCAAGAGGGGAGCCUCGGAGACCAUCCUGCACCUCUGUGAGAACUUCAAGUUGUCCGGCGACAAGGAGGAAAGGGAUGACAGGGCCAAGCAGCACCAGCAUAGCGCGGAGCCGCUCGCAAAGGUGGACGAUCGGUGCAAGUUGAUGGCGGAGGCCCACGCGCGGCUCUUCAUGUCCUGCCUGCACCGGUGGGGCCUGGAUCCCGAGCUGGACAAGCUGUGCACGGGUCGCCUCGGGCUGCUGAGGCCUCAAAUGGCCGUCUCGUUCGUGCUGCUCUCGCAGUGCGGCCACGCCAUGGCGGUCACUCUGCCGGGCUGGGACCUGCUGGAGCAGAGGCCCCUUCGCACGGUUGGGUUCCGCGCCGGUGCCGAGGCCUCGCGACGACGGGAAACGGGGGGCGGCCAAGGGUGCACGCCACUGUCAGUGUCGACACAGAGGCAACUGUCGGUCAUCUCUCUCGCAAGCACUCUGGUGGGAAUGUGCACCACCAACCUCUAUGAAAGUGUCCGGACGAGCAGAGAUGGGCACGGCGGUGAGAACGAGAACGGAUCUCCUCGCGUUGAACGGACAAACAACGCGGGCGCGAAACAAGAGAGCUUGAAUAGCGACAAAGAGGGUGGCCUGAACCAGGCCAAUGUCAGCCUGCCAAGCCUCCUGGCUUCCCUGCAUGCACAGCCGGUGCUCAUGGAGAAGCUGAUCAAGCACUGGGAGGGCGACCUCUUGGAAUGGGCGAGUGGUGAGGCUGGCCCCGUGCAAGCGUGCGACCUGGCUUUGGCCGACAGGCCGGCGCGCCACACUCCCGCGGAAGCCCGUGCAGAUUACCCUCACCCCGCAGCGCAAGACGGCGCCUUGAUGCCGCCCGACGUCGUUCCUCGGAGAGGCAGCAGCGACCGGACGAGGCAAGCGAGCCCCUUUCGUCGAAACAGGCACUCCUUGGAGCUGGGGCAGACAGCCGACCUUCUCAAAGUGAGCAAAACCCGCCAUGCAAAAAAGGUCUCUUCCUGCAAAGCGUCGUGACUGGCGAGGUUCUGCAAAGUCAUCCACGGGAAACUCCUCGCUCGCUCGCUCGCUCACCUUGACACCAACCCAGAGGCUCUUCACUGCUGUGGGGUUUUGUCCUUCCCAAGGCUGUCCGUCUGUUUACCUGUCGGUGAAACGGCAAAUCCGUGCAGUUCACACUGAGAACGUCUUCCUCGGCGAUGUCGCCGCUGUCGUGAUGAUCGCGUUCGCUUCUCAAUGGCAGUCCGUGUCGAUGCAGAAUUGGUGUGCUUGUGUUUGCAUUGCAUCGCCCUCUUAGCUCCCCCCGCCGUAACGAUCGCAGUCAUGGGUCACCCAAAGAGAAUUGUUCUAGAAUGGCAGUUGGCUAUGUUUUGUAAAACGUAUAUGAAUAAAGGCCUAAAUCCAUAGUUAUAAUUCGGAGGUUUUUAAAGUUGUGGGUUUUAUGAAGUCUACCGUUUGGCAAUAUGCUCUUAAAAAUACGUUUCAUCGUUUCAGGUGCCUAGUUCAGUGUGAAUUGCGAAUGGAAACGGCGAUAAGUGAUGAGAGCUCAUUUUUGUUUAUGUUUGUGAUUUGCACAUUCACGGGAAAUGUGUAAACAACCCGUGGGUUGCAACGGAGGCGUAUUCAUGACAGUGUGUGGUACACCGCGAAUGUGCAGGUGGAUUUUGUGUUUGUUGUUAUAAUUAUAAACAACAUUUUGGAAAUGAUUAUUCGUUUAAUGUCGGGGUGAGUUGAUACAUGUUGCUGGACGACACAUCAAUAUUCCUUAAUAUUCUCAUCUCUAAAACAGGCACAUUAUAAACAAUUAGACCCCAAAAUUACAUUUAUUUCCUACGUGUUAAAUUGCUUCAGUCUGCGUUUUAAAUGUCUCCAAUUGGACCGUUACGUGUCUGUAUGGGCAAAGUGUGGCGUACUGGCAGUUCAUAUCAGUAUCUUGCUUGAAUAAGUGCCGUUUAUUCAAUUAAAAUCUUUGAAAUUGA